ACUGUUGUCAAAUUUAAGUUUAGAUAAGGAGAAUCAUGCCAGUAUCGACACCAGUAUCUAUUGAAGUACUUAAAGUAGAUAUGAAUAUGAUAAUUUCAUGAUAAACAGUUAUCGUUAUCAAACAGUUGUAAUUAAACUCAUUUGAUUUCUUUCAAGUAAAAAGUUUCAGUGACAUAUUUUACUCCGAAUUAUCAAUAAUGAUUCUUUAUUUAGUUUUAGCUACUUUAUUUAGUAAUCAAUAUGUAGCUGGUCAAUUUGGUCCAUAUGAACAAGACUUUGGAUACGUGACGGUGCGAGAAGGAGCUCACAUGUUCUACUGGCUGUUCUACACCACUGCCCCAGUUGCUCACUACACAGAAAGGCCAUUGAUCGUAUGGCUACAAGGCGGGCCUGGCGGCUCAUCCACUGGCCACGGCAAUUUCGUGAUGCUUGGCCCAAUGGACCUAGCAUUACAAGAGAGAAAUCAUACAUGGAUUAAAAAUUUCAACGUGAUAUUCUUGGACAACCCUGUGGGCACAGGAUUUAGCUACGUUGACGAUCUCAGACUAUUGACCACCACUAACGAUCAAAUUGCCUUAGAUUUUGUCAAUUUGAUGAGGGGAUUCUACGAAAAACACCCAGAGUUUGAAAGUGUCCCUUUCUAUAUUUAUGGACAAUCAUAUGGCGGAAAGAUGGCUGUAGAUAUGGCUAUUCGAAUGGUGGAAGCACAAAGAGAUAACACUAUCCGAUCGGACUUUCGUGGGUUUGCGAUGGGCAAUGCAUGGAUAUCUCCAGUGGAUGCCACCCUUACUUGGGCACCUUUACUCCUAGCCGCUGGGCUGGUGGAUGACGCAGGCCACGAUGCAAUUCUGGCCGGCGCUAGAGAAGCAGAACGGUUAUUUAAUGCAGGCAUGUACGUGCAAUCGACAAAUCAGUGGCGUCAAACGCAGUGGACUGUCUUCCAACGGACGACCAACGUCGAUUUCUACAAUAUUUUAACUAAAAUGCCCGUCUCUGGAACAAGGACCAGAAAGACACCUUACGAACUUUCUAGAGAUAUGCUGAUACAUAAUAUACCUUAUAUGUCGGAUAAUACAAGAGAAGUAGUAGAUCUAAAUACUUUGAUGAAUACUCAAGUGAAAAACGCUCUACAUAUUCCUGAUCACGUCAUCUGGGGUCAACAAUCAAACGCAGUAUUUAACACUUUGAGUGAAGAUUUCAUGAAACCAGUAACUGAUGGAAUUGAAAAGAUUUUAAACGAAACUGAAUUAAUUGUUACAAAAUAUAAUGGCAAUUUGGAUCUCAUAUGUGAUACUCCAGGUCAAAUUUUAUGGGUUGACCGCCUGAAAUGGGAAGGGGCAGAAGCUUACAAGAACGCGACCCGCCAUCCUAUCUGGGUAGACAACAAACUAGAAGGUUAUUAUAAGGCUCAAGGGAAUUUCAGAUUCUUCUGGAUUAAUUACGCCGGCCACAGUGUACCCGUUGACAAUCCAGCUGGAACAAGCGCUUUCCUGCGAGACAUGACCUCAUUUGGAUAAACAAAUAAUGUUAAUAAAAUCUGACAUUAUUUGUAUUGUUAAAUUGGUCAUCUGUCGUAUUUGUUAUAAUAAUAUAUCAUACUGGCAACACUGUACUAAUCUGAGACCGACUAUUCUUAAUUAAAAUUUCAUCUAUUGUAAAAUGUAAGUGUGAUAAUUAUUGGUGAUUGUAUAAUCUUCGAAAAUAAAACAAGUGACUAUAACAAUAACAAAAGUUUUUAUUUUGAUACUAGCUAUGAUAGCCGGCUUCGCUCGGGAGUUGAUAUGAGAUUACGUGGUAGUUGAAAUAAAAUAUGUAUGUAAAGUAAAAAAAAUAUUGAAAACAAUUUUUCAUUAUUUACACUACUUGUUUAUAAACAACAUUUUUCAUUUUAUUGUCCGGGGUAUAUAUAUAUAAUUUUUUCGAAUUUCCUACUCUUGAGCAAGCUACUUAUAGUUGACCGUGAGAGAGAGAUGCAGGAUUCUUUGAGGUUGAUGCCACAAUAUUUUAAAGUUUGCCCUUGCGCUUUGUUAAUUGUAAAACCAAAGGCUAAUUUAAUUGGAAACUUCAAUCUUUUAAAUUGAAAUGGCAAUUCAGAAGAGAUUAGUGGUAUUAUGGGUAUAAAUACUGUGUUUCCUUUGUUCUUUCCAGAAAUAAGUUCAGCUACAAUGAUAUUAUUUGAGAGCUGUUUUACGAUCAUCCUCGUUCCAUUACAUAGUUUUAGGGAGUUGAGAUUUCUGAGUGGUAUGAUUGGAGAUCCAAUUUUCAGACGAAGGCAGUGUAAUGGCAUUCCUGGUAAUUGUAAACAGUUAAGAAAUUCAGUAGGGAAGUUGACACUUUCUUCAAUGGAUACCAUCGUAUCGAUCGAUUUAUAUAUUUUCUCUUCACCAGGUAUUUUCUUUUGCAUAUUAAAAUUGAAUUAAAUUGAUAUCGUCAAUAAUAUUAUUUUUGUGGCCAAAAUUGCUCUUUGAAGUAACCACUCUACGUUUGUAUAGUUCUGAAUAAUAUUUGGAUAAAUUUUGUCGAUUAGUUCGUUUUCAGUAGUGGCUAUGUUACAAAAAUCACUAUUGAGUUCAAUGAGGCCGGUCGUUUGGUCAGUAGGAUAUGUACCUUUGCCUAUUUGUAAAAGUAUUUUAGCAAAAUGUUGUUCAUUCUGGUUCGUUGAUUUUGUAAAUGUGCUUCGUGCUCGUCUUCCGUUUCAUUUCUUCGAUAUUCUUUUUGUUUCCGUCGUUUCGCUGCAGAACUACUAGAUACUUCCAAAUAAAGGCUCACAGAUAACUUCUUUCUUUUUCGUUUCGAAAUCGCUUGUUUCGCUGUACAAAUCGAACUAACUCUGGCGGGCGACACCGGGCUCUUAUAUAUUCAGAGAGCUAGGCUCCAGGAUAUUCGAGAAAGUUUUCUUUCUCACACCUUCUUGAAGUUCAAAUACUCGACAACAGAUGGCGCCACUACACUUAAUUUCCAAGUUGAAGGAUUGGAAAAGCCUUAAUAUCUUUAAGACACGCCCUUUAGGUUAAAACGGGAACUUUCUUGUUCGAGGGGGGAAGGGCUAUCUCACUAUAUAAGUCCCUAUAUCGUGCCGGGACUAAUUUUUAAGUUUUAUCGGCACGCACAUUUUAUCAAUUUAGUUUUAUUAUAUAAUAUAGAUGAUUUUCUCAAUUUAAAAUUAAAUUUAACAUCUGUC